UUGCUGUUCUCAACGCUACUGAGUUCGUUCAAGUGGUGCUAGUUGAUGAUAGGGUGAAUCGGUUUUUCCUGAACCUUGCUUUGUUGUGUUGUGUUGCAGUACUCAUAGUGAUGAUCUAUCUUAUAUUCUGGCUUGCAAUCGUGCAUAACAUUCAGUGGGAGACAGCUUACAAUUCUAGAGAUGCGGGGAACCCGCACAGCAAGCCUGUGAAAAGGGCCAUCGGGCUAGCUGCCAUCUGUGUUGUCACUUCAGCAGUCUCUUUCCCCAUUGCACUCUGGCCGGUGUGGUCUUGGUGGACUAUACCCAUCCUAUUUGUUCUGAGCAUGAUGUGCCUGAUGAUGCUGCACUUUGUUCCCUCGAUAGCUUGAUCUUGACGUGCUAAAAUCUAAGU